ACCAAAAUAGAUUUACCAAACGCAAUUAAGGACAAAUAAUCUGAUGGAUUAUAGCUACUGUAUCCGAAUUUAAACUAUAUGGGCUAAUCCCUUACAAUUUACAAAGCAGCAAACACGCAUUUACACGCCCUGAGAGAAAAGGAGAAGAACUCAUGGCGAAUGCAGAAACACAUGAAAUGCUACUGGUAUGGAAACCCUAAUAGGCGGAAGUGGUGGUUGAUUGCAAGCUCUUUCAAUGACAGCGCAGAGUUCCGCCGCCGCAAGUUCAAAGAAGAACAGGCUUCUUUUUUCCCCCCUUUCUGUUUGUUUGAUCAAUUGGUGUAUAACGAGGUGCCCCAUUGAAAAAGUUUGGGUUCUAUUCACCCAUUUAUGCAUCAGUCUUUCUCAGAAAGUUAGCAAUGUAAUUUCUGGCUGCCCGCAAGACUACAAUGCCUGGAGAUCGUUGAUUUUGGAGCUCGAAACUGCAUCGCCAGAGGAUAUAAAUACUAUUUCCCUAGCAUAUGACUCCUUUUUGUCAAGAUUCCCAUUGUGUCAUUGGCAUUUGGAGAAAUAUGCUCAUCAGAAGGCAAAGUUUUGCAACUCUCAAGAAGCUGUUGAUAUUUAUGAACGAGCAGUGGAAGUGGCAAUGUAUUCAGUCGGUUUCUGGGCUGAUUAUUUCACAUUUGCUGCAACUUGUUUUGAAUCCCCUGUGGAUAUUCGUCGAUUGUUUGAAAGAGCCAUCUCAUUUGUUGGAAAGGAUUACUUUUGCCAUGUCCUAUGGGACAAGUACAUGAAAUAUGAAUUCAAUCAGGAGGGGUGGAGCUUUCUUGCACAAAGUUACAUCUGGGCAUUGAGGUUUCCGACAAAGAAGCUGCGGUUGUAUUAUGAUAACUUCAAGCAGUUUGUGGCGAAUCUGGAAGAGGAGAUUGGAUAUGAAAAAUAUGACAGCACAGUAGAGCAACUAUCUGUUCCUUGUGCUGCAAUAGAUUUAUCUAAAGAUGAAAUUUCUCUUGUCAUCAAGGAUAUGCUAGAUUCUUCUGAUAGACCCCUCAAAUCCAAAGCGCUGGAUAGAUAUAGAUCUAUUGGUGAAGAAUUCUAUCUGGAAGCAUGCCGCCUGGAUGAGAAAGUAAAGCGUUUUGAGACAAAGAUCCAGAGGCGUUUUUUUGAUGUUACUCCUCUUGAUGAUGACCAAUUAAUUAAUUGGCAUAUCUACCUGGAUUUCAUUGAGAAGCAAGACAAUUUGGACUGGGCCAUGAAACUCUAUGAAAGAUGCUUGAUUCCUUGUGCCCAUUACCCUGAAUUCUGGAUACGGUAUGUGGAGUUCUUGGAAUCAAAAGGAGGACGUGAACUGGCUAUUUCUGCCCUAGCCCGGGCCACUCAAAUAUUUUUAAAGAGCGUACCAGAAAUUCAUUUAUUUGAUGCAAGGUUCAAGGAGCACAUAGGAGACGCAGAUGGUGCUCGUGCUGCAUUAGCUCUUUGUGAUCCAAAAACUGAUUCCAGCUUCAUUGAAAGCAUUGCUGCACAAGCCAACCUGGAAAGACGUCUGGGGAACUUUGCAGCAGCUUCUGCCACAUAUGAGAAAGCACUUAUAAAAGCUAGGGAGAAACAGAAGCUACACCAUCUUCCCACUCUGUAUGUGCACUUUGCCCGCCUUACAUACUUGACAACAGGUAGCACUUCUGCUUCUAGAGAUGUAUUAAUUAAAGGUAUACAACAGGUGCCUCAUUGCAGAAUCCUUUUAGAGGAAUUGGUAAAAUUUGCGAUGACUCAUGAAGGAGUAAGCCAUCUCAACAUCAUAAAUUCACUCAUAGCAGAUGCCAUUUCACCCGGAUUAGAUGAAAAUGAAGGUUUGGAUGCCAAAGAUCGAGAGAACAUAUCAUGCUUGUUUUUGGAGUUUGUCAAUCUUUGUGGGACUUUGCAUGAUAUAAGAGAGGCAUGGAAUCGUCAUGUCAAAUUGUUUCCCCAGUCGCUGAGGUUUAAGACUCCGUCAAAGCACCCUGCAUCGGGCAGUUACCCAAUAGGUUCGGCCAGGGAUAAAAAAGGGAAGUAUGACCACCCUGUGCUUAGCCAGCCAUCCACAAACCAUUCCGACCAACAUCAUGGGCAAGGACAGGUACCUGAAUCUCCAGCGCGUAACAGAGUCCAUCCCAACGAGGUUGUAAGAAAGCCCGCCCCUCUUAUGGACCAGAGCAGCAACGCCAAGGAAAAACAGCAACUGCUGUUGACCAAAGAAGUUUUGUCCAAUGGUGAUGAAUCUCAGGACAGUGAACCAGCUAAAGGAGUUUCAUGCCAGUCUAGAGAAGACGGUCUGAGGCCUAUGGUUGUUGCUGCUGAAUUUUCUGACCAUGCCAAAGAGAACGCUUUGGCUGUGCGUGAUUCAGACCAGAAUUUCUCGUCCCAAUCUAGAGGAGAUGAACCGGGGCUAAUGGAUGUCAGUGCUGAAUUAGGUAUACAGUCUAAAGAAGAUGAGGUUGGGAAGUCAACAGAGACAACUGAAUCAAUUGAAGCAUGCCCCUCUAGUUUGCCCAAUGUUGAAGCGGAGUUGGAUCAUGAGCUCAGUCAGCUGAAGCGUUCAGCUUCAUCAGACCAUAAUUCUUUGAAGUCUCAGGAAAACGAAUCUCGGGAGUUGAUCCCUAUGUCUUGCGAUGAGUAUGGAACUAGUCCGAAGAGCAUUCAUUCAGUCGACUCUCUCAAAGUCCGUGGUGAAUUUGAACGAGAUGGAACAGUGAGUCGUCAGCAUAAUGCACCAACAGAAGUGCAUUAUCCAGAAGGGCCUUCUAGCACCUGCGAUGACUCAAUUGAACUAGAUCGUGUGGUCCAACCUCCCGGACAUGCAGCAUCAAGGUUGCAAGGCCAAGACCAAGCUCAAGAUCGAGAGCUUAAGUUACAGCAAUCUCCCUAUGCUGAUAGCCAUAAAUUAGUAAUGAAUCAAGGUAGGGGAAGACGUAGCCAGUUGGAAGUAGGGGCUGUUAGGGAUGAUAAAGCAACUGAACAGGAUGAGCCCGUAAUGAAUCAAGGCAAUGCUCAGCAGUAUCCUGCUAGCCAACAGCAUAGCCAGUCGGAGGAUAGAGCAACUGAUGUGGACCAGCAAACGGAUGCCUUGACACCUCCGACUUCAAUCAGUAUAUCUGCAGGGCAGCAACCUUUUUCCACCCAACCGUUUUCUCAUGCUCAGCAGAAUCCAACUGCUCCAACGACUCAGCAACAAUGGCCAGAACAACAGAGCUUGGCCAUGAACCAGAUGAUGCUGCAGUAUCAUUACCAGCAGCAGCAAUUCCUCCAACAGCAGUAUCAGCAGCAGUUGCAAAUGCAACAUCCCUACUACCAGAUGCAGCACCAGUAUAUGAAUCAGCAGCCGCCUCAGUCUCAACAGCAGUACGUCGAACAGCAGCAACAUCCGCAGAUACAGCAAGGUCAUGAGCCUCAACCGAACUCUCAGCAGGCACAUGAUAACCAAUACCAACAAUCUCAGGACAAUGCUUACCAAGCGCAUCAAUUGGCGUAUAAACAGCACGCCUCGCAGGAGCAACAGCAGCUGCUUUGGCAGCAGCAGUACCAGCAGUAUCAGGGCUAUCAGCUGCUGCAACAACAGCAGCAAGGGUCUAUGAAUACGCAAGGACACAACGUGCACCACCAUCCAUCAAGGCAACCAGACGAACAUCUGCAGCAAUAUCAUCACCAAGCCCAUACGCAACAUAAAUUCACUCAACCCAUGAGCCAAAAUCGACAGGGUACGCCCGAUUAUGCAGCAGCCGGAGUUUCUUCAUCCCCAGCUGUUGGUGCUCGAUCACCACAAGCUUCACAAUAGUUUGAGAUUGCUGGUGGAUCUGAUUCUCAUGUUACGUUUUGCAGCAACCUGCCUCAGUGAUAAACAUGGAUUUUGUAGUACAGCAUAUAUGAGUGACUGCAUGGAUUCUUGAUGACUUCGACCUGAUCCAUACAUCUCAGUGUGUUAGUUUAUGACCAUGUUGUUGCACACGCGAGUCUUGUUGAUUAUCCUAGACAGCUUUUCUCA